CCUUUUAAUCCAAGACAAUUUCUUUGUCAAACUUUGUCGCCCCUCCACGCGAAAUACGAUCGGCACGCUCAACAAACCGAACUACAUAUGCUGCGCGACGCAACGGCCAACCACCCAGCCCUCUCGCGCUUUUGAGUUGCUUCAGCGGUAUAGGCACCUUCUCGAGAAGUCACCAUGGCAUCGAUCGAACGAGAAGCAAAUGAGCUUAAGCAACAAGGCGCCAUUGAGGCCGCUCGCGACCCCGAAUCUUCUGUUACUUCGAACGAUGCCCAGAAAAAAUUAGUUGAGGAGAGCAAAAAUGCAGGCGUGGCUGCUUUCACAUUCGACCCGGAUGCCAGUCCGGAGGAAAAGAGAGCUCAGGCCAAAGCUGCCAUACCUAACGAUAUCCGCCAUUUACGGAAACCGCGAGGUGUAGCCAUUGCCACCGACGUCGACGAUGGCACAAAAGCUGAUUACGCUCUUCCCUCCCCUUCCAAGGCUAACGCUAUCGUACACGCCAAAGACAAAGAUGGGCGAUCAAUUACGGACGGAAACACGGCCAGGGAGGAAGAAGAGCUAGCUGAUAUGGUUGGGUGGACUCAGCGAUUCGGCUGGCCUGUCGACAGUGUCAUGGAAGGCGAUAGUCUAUUGGAUCAUACCACCUGGCUAGAGGGAACUGUUCCUGACCAAUACUUUGGAGACUGGUAUCAUAAUGCUGCGGUCAUCAUUUUUGCUUGUCUCUCUUCGUGGCUUGUUGCCGUCCUUGGAGGUGGUCUAGGUUGGGUCAUUAUCAUUAUGGCAACUUGCUCUACUUACUACCGCACUUCGAUCAGGAGAGUCCGGAGAAACUUCCGUGACGACAUUACACGGGAAAUGGCGCUGAAGAAGCUGGAGAAUGAUCACGAAUCUGUUGAAUGGAUUAACUCGUUCCUCGUAAAGUUCUGGCCUAUUUACCAACCUGUCCUCGCACAGACUGUCAUCAACUCCGUUGAUCAGGUUUUGAGCUCGGCGACUCCUUCAUUUCUUGAUAGUCUACGACUAAAGACCUUCACCCUAGGGUCCAAGCCUCCCAGGAUGGAUCAUGUCAAGACUUAUCCCAAGGCAGAAGAUGACACCAUCAUUAUGGAUUGGAAAUUCAGCUUCACACCAAAUGAUAAAGAGGAUAUGACGGCGCGCCAAAUCCAAAACAAGAUCGACCCCAAGGUUGUCCUCGAAAUCCGCAUCGGAAAAGCCAUGAUUAGCAAGGGCCUAGACGUCAUUGUAGAGAAGAUGUCCUUUUCCGGCAUUAUGCGCUUAAAGAUCAAACUCCAGUUCCCCUUCCCACAUAUCGAGAAAGUCGAAAUGUGCUUCCUUGAGCGCCCAGAAAUUGACUAUGUUUGUAAGCCUCUUGGCGGUGAAACAUUUGGUUUCGAUAUCAAUUUCAUUCCUGGCCUGGAACGCUUCAUUCAAGAACAGAUUCACGGAAACCUAGCCCCAAUGAUGUACGCUCCAAAUGUAUUCCCUAUUGAAGUUGCGAAGUUGCUUGCAGGUUCACCUGUCGACCAAGCGAUUGGUGUGAUCGCGAUUACGAUCCAUGGAGCUCAAGGUCUCAAGAACCCCGAUAAUUUCGCCGGCAAUCCCGAUCCGUACGCUGUGGUCACUUUCAACAAGAGAGCGCCUCUUGCUCAGACCAAAGUUGUCAAGGACACUCCAAACCCCAGAUGGGGUGAGACGCAUUAUGUUAUCGUUACGUCGUUUAACGACUCGCUUGACCUUAUCGUGUACGACUAUAACGAUUUCCGCAAAGACAAAGAGCUCGGUGUCGGGUCCUUCCCGCUUGAACGGAUAGAGGAGCUUGGCGUGUACGAGAACGAGCGCCUAGAAGUUAUUGCCCAUGGUAAAGCUAGAGGUGUGAUCAAUGCUGAUAUUCGCUUCUUCCCCGUUCUAGAGGCUACAGAACACGAAGGCAAAGUAGAGCCACCUCCAGAGACGAACACCGGUAUCCUACGAUAUACUAUUGAGCAAGCAAAGGAUCUCGACGGCACCAAGAGCUUGGUUGGCUUACUCAAUCCAUAUGCUGCGCUACUACUAAACGGCAAAGAAGUCCACCUAACCAAAAGGCUCAAGCGUACCAACAAUCCAAUUUGGGACAAUGGUUCUAAGGAAAUUCUUAUCACCGACCGGAAAAAUGCCAAAUUGGGUCUUGCUAUCAAAGAUGACCGCGAAAUCGCUGGAGAUCAACUUAUCGGUACUCACCAGAUCAAGCUUGAUGACAUGCUUGAGAUGAUGGAGAAGGGUCAUGAGUGGUACAAUCUAUCGGGGGCCAAGACUGGACGAGCAAAGUUGACCGCUCAAUGGAAACCUGUCGCGCUGUCCGGUGUGUUAGCAGGAACUGGAGGUUACCAAACCCCCAUCGGUGUUAUGCGCCUCCACUUCAAGGGUGCGCGCGAUCUUCGGAAUUUCGAGACUAUGGGUAAAUCGGAUCCCUAUGUUCGCGUGCUACUCUCCGGUAUUGAAAAGGGUCGAACCGUAACGCACCGCAAUACGUUAAGCCCCGAAUGGGACGAAGUCAUCUACAUACCAAUGCAUUCUGCUAGAGACCGUCUAACCCUUGAGGUUAUGGAUGCGGAGAAGAUGGGUAAGGAUCGUAGCUUGGGCUUGGUCGAGGUCUUUGCCGGUGACUACAUCACUGAAGAUGAGGAGACCGGCGAAUACCUCGUCCAUGACGCGAAGAAGGCACACGAAGGCGGCCUCCGGUUGCACGGAAAGGGCAUCGCAAAGGGAACGCUCGCAUAUACCGUUUCGUUCUAUCCAUGCCUAAACGUCGCAGAUCCCGAGGAGGAGGAGGAAGAGGCAAAGGAUAAAGAAGUAGCCGCAGAAGCACCGAAGAAGUCACUCGAUGUUCCUCGAUCAUCGGAAGCUGGGAAGAUUCCCACGCUAGAGAGGAAAGAAAACGGUAGUGUACCAAUAACGCCAACUUCGCCCUCGAUGCCCAAAUCGCCGGUCUCUCCUAGGUCAACUGCAUCUGGACGAAGGUCUCGUGAAGCGCAACGCGAGCGCCCUAAGGUUCACCUUUCCCCCGAGGAGCUACUGAAGUAUGAAUGUGGAUUCUUGAUCUUCAAGCUCAUGGACGCCGAAAUGCCUAAAAGUGGAACACAUCUCGAAAUCUACGUCGAUGACAUGUUAUACCCGUCCUAUAUCUCGGGCACAGCCAAGAAUAAAGUGUUUAAAUUCGAUGAGAUUGGCGACUGCUUUAUCCGCGAACUGGACUUCUCACGCCUAACUCUCAAGGUGAGAGAGAAACGCGAGAAGCCAGGUGAAGAGCGCGAUGAAGAUCAUACAGUAGCUCGGUUAACGGGUAACACUCUAGACACUUUGAAGCAAUGUUUAAAUAACCCCACGGUUCUAAAGCUAAAGGAUGAAGAAAAUAGAGCUGCCACGGUUAGGGUCAGCUUGAAGUAUAUCCCUGUCAAGAUGCAUCUCGAUCCUAGCGAGAGCAUCAAUAACAUGGGUAACCUUCGCGUCGAUGUAUUGGAUGCAACUGACCUACCUCCUGCGGACUCGAACGGCAAAAGUGACCCAUACUGCAAGUUCGAGCUUAAUGGGCAGGAUGUGUUCAAGACCAAGACCCAAAAGAAAACGCUCAAUCCCGUAUGGAACGAGUACUUCGAAGUCCCGGUGCCGUCAAGAACCGCUGCCAAGUUCACCUGUAAAGUCUAUGACUAUGACUUCGCGGAUAAGCCUGACUUUCUGGGUGGAACGGACAUCAAUCUGGAACAGCUUGACCCGUUUAAGGCAAAGGAGCUCAAGUUGCUUCUAGAUGGGAAGUCUGGCUCCGUCAGAUUACGGCUCCUCUUUAGACCUGACUAUGUUACACGCUCCCGACUAGGUACUAGCACGUUCUCGGGAACAUUUGGUGGCCCCGGCAGGAUCGUAACUGGUGUUGUAGGAGCUCCGGUCAAGGGUGGUGUCGCAGUAGCUGGUGUCGUUGGCCACGGUGUUGGAAAGGGUGCCAGUUUUAUCAAGCGAGGUUUCCGAGGAAAGAAAGACGAUGAAGGCAACGGCCUAACUCUAACGUCUAGUAAUUCGGAGAUCCCCACGAUCGUGACAAAUGGACCCGAUACUGCUGCGCCUGGUCCUGGCCUGAGACGAUCGACGGGCUUAAGCGUUGACGGCGAAUCAGCCGCUACUCGCCCUGUCACGCCUAACGGCAAUGGUAAGGCCCAUGGACGCAACCCUAGUUUAGGUGGAGUCUCUAUUCACAGUUUAGCCCCAGGUGCUGCCGGCGCCGGAACAGCUACUUUUACCGUGGUUUCUGCGGAAGGAUAUCCUUCGUCAUCGGAUAUCUACGUCCAGAUCAAACAACUCACACCCAAAGAGCGGACCGUUGGCAAGACAAAACACCACGAGUCUCCUGACGUAGUACGAUUCGACGAAACGUUCAAGCACACAUGCACUCCCGAUACGCAAUUCCGUAUUGAAGUCAAAGGCCACCACACUUUCGGAAGCGACGACGAUCUAGGCGAAGCGCUAUAUUUCGUAGACGAGAGCGGCGGCGGUGAAAAGGAGAUCAAGGUCGGAGGUGGAACGGUGGUUGUGAAGAGCACGUUUGGAGAAAACAACGAAAGCCCCAGUCCAAGAAGUGGGAAUAACGCUUUACGGAGGAGUUUCUUAAGCAAGAGGGAAACCAGGAAUAGCCGAGAAGGAACGCCUACAUAAGUCUCAUAACAUGGGUUUAGCAUUGGGCGCUCAGGGGGCUACGGGUUAUAUAUCGUGACAACUAGUGGGGGGACAGUUCCGACUACAGUGUUUUCAUAAUCAAAAAGUAGAUUUUAGUUAGGUAAUUAUGAUGAGUUUAGCCUAUCCAUAUAGUAAUGACGAAUUUGCUUGUGUGCCUAGGG